CACUCCAAUUCGGCCGAGCGCUCGGGACGGCAAAUUGCCGAGCCGAUGAACGUCGUCUCAGCAGUCUUGCGGUUGAAGUUUCCAGAAGCGGUUUGAUACUGUAUAAAAUCUGGUGGCGCAAAGCACGUGUCGAAAAGAAUAGAGAAAAAGGCAGUGCAGUGCAUAACGCAGAAUUGCUGAACGAGUCACAUCCGUGUGAAAGUGAAAUUGGUCUCAGUUCUACCGUAGGAAAAACCACAAAACUCAUCCAAGAUGCCGGAACCACAAGAGGGCGAGACCUUCGCAUUCCAGGCUGAGAUUGCUCAGCUGAUGUCCCUGAUCAUCAACACGUUCUACUCGAACAAGGAAAUCUUCCUGCGUGAGUUGAUCUCGAACUCGUCCGAUGCGCUGGACAAGAUCCGCUACGAGUCGCUGACGGAUCCCUCGAAGCUGGAGUCGGGCAAGGAGCUGUUCAUCAAGAUCAUCCCGAACAAGGAGGCCGGCACACUGACGCUGAUCGAUACCGGUAUCGGCAUGACGAAGGCCGACCUGGUGAACAACCUCGGUACGAUUGCCAAGUCGGGCACGAAGGCGUUCAUGGAGGCGCUGCAGGCCGGCGCAGACAUCAGCAUGAUCGGCCAGUUCGGUGUCGGUUUCUACUCGGCGUACCUGGUCGCCGACAAGGUGGUGGUGACGUCGAAGAACAACGAUGACGAGCAGUACGUGUGGGAGUCGUCGGCCGGUGGCUCGUUCACGGUGCGCCCGGACAGCGGGGAGCCGCUGGGCCGCGGUACCAAGAUCGUGCUGCACAUCAAGGAGGACCAGCUGGAGUACCUGGAGGAGAGCAAGAUCAAGCAGAUCGUGAACAAGCACUCGCAGUUCAUCGGCUACCCGAUCAAGCUGCUGGUGGAGAAGGAGCGCGAGAAGGAGGUGAGCGACGACGAGGCCGAGGAGGAGAAGAAGGAAGAGAAGGAGGAGAAGAAGGACGACGAGCCGAAGCUGGAGGACGCCGAAGACGAUGAGGACAAGAAGGACAAGAAGAAGAAGACCGUGAAGGUGAAGUACACCGAGGACGAGGAGCUGAACAAGACGAAGCCGAUCUGGACGCGCAACGCGGACGACAUCUCGCAGGAGGAGUACGGCGAGUUCUACAAAUCGCUCACCAACGACUGGGAGGACCAUCUGGCGGUGAAGCACUUCUCGGUGGAGGGCCAGCUGGACUUCCGCGCGCUGCUGUUCGUGCCCCGCCGCAUGCCGUUCGAUCUGUUCGAGAACAAGAAGAAGAAGAACAACAUCAAGCUGUACGUGCGCCGUGUGUUCAUCAUGGACAACUGCGAGGAGCUGAUCCCGGACUACCUGAACUUCAUCAAGGGCGUGGUCGACUCGGAGGACCUGCCGCUGAACAUUUCCCGCGAGAUGCUGCAGCAGAACAAGAUCCUGAAGGUGAUCCGCAAGAACCUGGUGAAGAAGUGUCUGGAGCUGUUCGAGGAGCUGGCCGAGGACAAGGAGACGUACAAGAAGUUCUACGACCAGUUCAGCAAGAACCUGAAGCUGGGCGUGCACGAGGACAGCCAGAACCGGCAGAAGCUGGCCGAUCUGCUGCGCUUCAACACGUCCGCGUCCGGAGACGAGUACUGCUCGCUGAACGACUACGUGGGCCGCAUGAAGGAGAACCAGACGCAGAUCUACUUCAUCACGGGCGAGAGCAUCGACCAGGUGAAGAACUCGGCGUUCGUGGAGCGCGUGAAGAAGCGCGGCUUCGAGGUGAUCUACAUGACGGAACCGAUCGACGAGUACGUGAUCCAGCAGCUGAAGGAGUACAAGGGCAAGCAGCUGGUGUCGGUGACGAAGGAGGGCCUGGAGCUGCCGGAGGACGAGGCCGAGAAGAAGAAGCGCGAGGAGGACAAGGCCAAGUUCGAGAACCUGUGCAAGGUGAUGAAGUCGGUGCUGGAGAGCAAGGUGGAGAAGGUGAUGGUGUCGAACCGGCUGGUGGACUCGCCCUGCUGCAUCGUGACGUCGCAGUACGGCUGGUCGGCCAACAUGGAGCGCAUCAUGAAGGCGCAGGCGCUGCGUGACUCGUCGGCCAUGGGCUACAUGGCGGGCAAGAAGCAUCUCGAGAUCAACCCGGACCAUGCCAUCAUCGAGACGCUGCGCCAGCGCGCCGAGGCGGACAAGAACGAUAAGGCGGUGAAGGAUCUGGUGAUUCUGCUUUUCGAGACGGCGCUGCUGUCCUCCGGCUUCUCGCUGGACGAGCCCGGAACCCAUGCGUCCCGCAUCUACCGCAUGAUCAAGCUGGGUCUGGGCAUCGACGAGGACGAGCCGAUGACGACGGACGAGAGCAGCAGCGGUGCUGCGGCAGCGGCCCCAGCGUCGGGCGAUGCUCCGCCGCUGGUGGACGACUCGGAGGAUCUGUCGCACAUGGAGGAGGUCGAUUAAAUCAAGGGGCUGCUAUGAGCAUUCGGGGGUUCCGUGGUUAAUCAUCCAUCUGAAGUGUUCAGGGUAAUUAAACAUGCCAGUUUUUAGGUUAUAUUUACGUAAAACAAUUCUAAAUGGUGAUAUCUCAUCUAAUGCAGUUAGGUCAUGCAGGUCUGAAAGAGAGCAGGGUUUACAAUAGAAUUUUAAUUUUCAGGAGAGUGCGUUAAUGGAAGAGUGCGAUGUAUAAUGGAUGUUCAGGAGAGUAUGCAGUACAGGAUUUUUUUUAAAUAUUUUUGUUCCAUGCGAUAAUUAGUUCGUUCAAUAGCGUUGCGACAAUUUUGAUCAGUUCUGUAUACUAAUCUUUAGUUGAGUUGUACUUUACAUUUGUGCAUAUCCUGAUAAAUUCAACCGCGUUUUAGCGGAGGACUCUACAAUAAAGGACAAUGAAUUGUACUGUUUAAAA